AUGUCGGUCUUAGAACCCUCAAUAAUUUGUCUAUAUCAUAUACUUGAUCACUUGGAAGCAGAAGAUAUUUCUCGAUGUGCACAAGUAUCAAGAACAUGGAGAGACGCAUGCUAUCGUGAAUGUGUAUGGGAGAGACUUUGCAGACGAAGAUGGAAAUAUUGGAAGAUUAAACCCAAGAACACUACAGGAUGGAGACAAGUAUUCUUAACAAGAGCAACAACUGACAAAUGGGCGCUCGAAAUAUUGAAUGAUUUAGCAAACUGUGGAGCAUUAUUCUUGGCUAAUACCAGGAAACUAAGACAGUUGGGUGAUAAUGCUAGAGAUGUCUUAUUGUGGGUGAUGAACAAACCCGAUGAGUCAUCUCUCACUCACAGCUACUUUGCUAAACGAACGCUGCAGUGUACAAGACGUUAUCAUGUCAUAAGUCAGUGGAGAGCAUGGAGAGAUGGCAACAUCCAAUUCUCAACAAUACAUGGAUUCGGUCUGAUGGCAAUAUUGUUCAAUGAAAGGAUAGACUUAGAGGACAUUAUCAACGAAAUUAAUAUGUUGACCGGUGAAUUUAUGAGAUCUCAUCCGCCCGACGCUGCUUCUCCACUUGAUCGCUUUUACGCUCUUGCAGCGUUCUUUACACAAAAAUACGGAUCCAAUCACUCAUAUUACGAAAUAGAGACUAAGUUAAUGUAUAUGUUACAUCCAAUCACAGAGACAAAAGGAAGCAAAGCUUCAAUAUUAGCAAUCAUAUUCGAAGAGCUCGCUAGGAAAUGUGGUAUACCUAACGUAGAAGUAGUGGCUGACAGAGAACGGCGCUCAUAUCGGAGAUAUCAUUUUGUACGAUAUUACGAACGGAUAAUAUCAGACACUUUGGAAGAUUCUAUCGAAGUUGAUGAUGAAUAUGCAGUUUAUUUUAUUGACUUUAAAAAACACUCUACAACGGGAGUCAUGGCGGAAGAAAUUUUUGAUCAACAUGUACUCCAGUACUAUGGUGCAUAUUCUGGAGAUUAUAUCCCUAUUCCUCAGGCGGAAUUGUUUGUUCUCUUUGUUCAUGAUUAUUGCCAGAAUUUAUCCAGACUAUUAGGUCAUAGCUCGGAGCUGUUCUACGGUGCAGCAUUACAAAGACAAUUUCUUACUAGAUUAGAAGCGAAUGAGCUUGAUUUCCAAGCCGUAUGUCGAGAUAUCGAAGACUGGUGGACAUACAUUGCAGUUACCUAUCAAUACCCUGAAGACUAUGAAUUGGCAAGAGAAGCGUUAAGGGACGUGGCGCCCUAUUUUGAGAAUGCGCAAGGGGCAGAUCUUGAUUUGUGGAAUGAUAUGACAGCGACUAUUCAGUCUGAUAUCGAACUAUUGGAGACUAAUGAUUCUAUUGAGUGGGAUUAUUCGGGGAAAGUGCAGAGAGGAGUAAUCGGGGAAAGGGACCCAAAGUUCUUUAUUGGGGAUGUAGUAUAUUUUGGAAAGUUUGGAUGUCUUGGAGUCAUAUGUCGAUGGGAUCGAGGUGAGGACCGAGAAAAACAGAGAAAGAAUGAGUGUGUGAUAGAAGUAUUUGAGAAAGUCAGGGAUCGAGAUCUUCGGCCAAAUCAGCCGUUCUAUGAAAUAUUAACUCGACGAGGCACAUUCUUGUACUGUGCCGAAGAGAAACUCAAAUUAGAACCAGCUACUUCUGAUCGCCUCACUCGAACGGUUCCUCCAAUUUUAUACGGAGAUUACGCGGGCGAUGAACAGGAUUGGGAAUUAGCCAGAGCACUUGGACCGAUAACUACUGAAUUAGUCGGUAGCUUUUUUGAAAGAUGGGAUCCCGAAUCGGGCAAGUACAUUAUGAACUGGAGUACGCGAAAGUGGUUCCCUCAUAGAUGA